CCCGUCACUGUUUCCAAUGCGCUAUCCAUCUGUCUUGGAGCGGUGCUAAAAUAACCUGGAACUAACAGCUAACGGCAGCCUGAAUACAGCCAGGGUAACCUAUACCAUGCAGCCUAGAGAGGAGGACAAGCCUGGAGUAGUGAUUCUUGAACCAUUUCUAAUUUGACGGAGUAUUUUUUUACUAUUCUUCGUUCUCGUCUAUAAAAUAGAUGGACAUUACCGCAAUUGUAUCAAUUUGACAUACCUCCAUACAUUCACUCGCCCGCGCGCACACACCACACAAUUGCAGUCAGACGGGCUCCGGUUAGGAGAUUCAGAAACGCUCAAGGAUAUUAUCCCCCAAAACUUUCAAUCAUGGAUUUAUUUUUUAUUCCACCACGAAUUUGCUGGUGGAGGGUAUUGUUUCUUUUGAGCAUCUUCCAGGACUACUUGAGCAAUAUGCUGGACUGCCCGCCAACCUGCAGCUGCUCUCCAACUGAGAUCUAUUGCAAUAAGUCUGACAAUGGGAAAUUCUUUCCUCUGCUUGCACUGCAAGAUACUGGGAACAAUGGAAAUAACAGCAUCGAAGAUCUGUUCAAGAACAUCACCUCAAUACACAUUGAGAACUGGACUGGCCUGCAGACCCUGAAGGAUGUGGACAUGGAGCUGUACACUGGACUUCAGAGACUAACGAUCAUGAACGGCAACCUGCGUGGYAUCCAGGCCAGAGCCUUCUCCCAGAACCCCCACCUGCGCUACAUAAACUUAUCGAAGAAUCCUCUGACCACAUUAUCAUGGCAACUCUUCCAGAAUCUUCAACUCUUCGAGCUAGCCCCACACUCUUCACCGGAGCUGCCUGGGUGUGAGGAUCUGGAGGGCCGGGGUGUGAGGGGGGUCGUGGUCCCCCCCACCAUCCUGAAGCUAGACGAGCCCGAGCGUCGCCAUGAAACCUGCAUAGAGUUCACAGUGCGUGGCAACCCCCAGCCUACCCUGCGCUGGUUCCACCGGGACAAGGAGAUCCCCCCCAGUGACUAUAUCCGCACUGAGAUGGAUACCUACCAGGACUACCUAGAGGGAUGCCUCAACUUUAAGGACCCCACGCACCACAACAACGGCAACUACACUCUGGAAGCUAGCAACUUCCUAGGAGUCACCACCAAGACAGUGUAUGGACACUUCCUCAACGCCCCUUUUUCAGACGAUUAUGGUGAUUAUGGGACUCCAACACCGACCAUCACAGUAACACACAGGCCUGAGGAGGACACAUUCGGGGUGUCUAUUGCUGUGGGCCUUGCCGGAUUUGCCUGUGUCCUUCUUGUUGUCCUGUUUGUUCUCAUCAACAAAUAUGGCCGACGUUCGAAGUUUGGAAUGAAAGGACCAGUAGCAGUGAUCAGUGGUGAGGAGGACUCGGCCAGCCCCCUGCACCAUGUCAACCAUGGCAUCAUCACCCCCUGUACCCUUGACGCUGGACCAGACGCUGUGGUUAUCGGGAUGACCCGUAUCCCUGUCAUUGAGAACCCGCAGUACUUCAGACAUGAGGACACAACUGUAAAACAGCCUGCUACCUAUGUACAGCACAUAAAGCGUCGGGACAUCAUUCUGAAGCGGGAGCUGGGAGAGGGGGCCUUUGGGAAGGUGUUUCUGGCAGAGUGCUAUAACCUCAGCCCUACCAAGGACAAGAUGCUGGUGGCUGUCAAGACGCUGAAGGACCCCACCCUUGCAGCGAGAAAAGAUUUCCAGAGGGAGGCGGAACUAUUGACCAACCUGCAGCAUGAGCACAUUGUCAAGUUCUAUGGUGUGUGUGUUGAUGGAGACCCCCUCAUCAUGGUCUUUGAGUACAUGAAGCACGGGGACCUCAACAAGUUUCUCAGAGCCCAUGGGCCCGACGCUAUGAUCCUGGUUGACGGACAGCCGCUGCAGACCAAUGGGGAGCUGGGCCUAUCUCAGAUGCUGCACAUUGCCACUCAGAUCGCCGCGGGGAUGAUGUACCUGGCCUCCCAGCACUUUGUGCACCGUGAUUUAGCCACUCGGAACUGCCUGGUGGGCAACGGCCUGCUGGUGAAGAUUGGUGACUUUGGAAUGUCCAGGGACAUCUACAGCACAGACUACUACAGGGGCUGUGUGGGGGGCCACACCAUGCUGCCCAUCCGUUGGAUGCCCCCUGAGAGCAUCAUGUACAGGAAGUUCACUACAGAGAGCGACGUGUGGAGCUUUGGUGUGAUCCUCUGGGAGAUCUUCACCUACGGGAAGCAGCCAUGGUUUCAACUGGCCAACAAUGAGGUCAUCGAGUGUAUUACGCAAGGACGGGUUUUGGAGAGGCCACGAGUUUGUCCCAAGGAGGUGUAUGACAUCAUGUUGGGUUGCUGGCAGAGGGAGCCCCAGCAGAGGCUGAACAUCAAGGAUAUCCAGAAAAUCCUCUAUGCCUUGGGCAAAGCUACGCCUGUCUACCUGGACAUCCUGGGCUAGUGUACGUUGGGGUUUGUCUAUCUGUCUGUUUUUCUGUCUGUCUCUACCCAACAGAUGAACAAAACCCCAGGAAUAACCCAAACAACGAGCACCUUAUUGCUCCACUGUCAAACACCUACAAAAUGGGGAUGGACUUAAGUGCCUGCUACUCCUUUCGAUACACUGGAUAACAGUAUUUAAAAAAGCACUUUUACAUUUUGUUUACCUGCAUUUAAAAUUGUACAGUUACUGAAUACUGUAUGAAGAGGACAUUAUUUCUUUUUUUGGUAAAAACAGCCUACUUAAAGUAUCACAAAAAACAAAAAAAUGCUAGAAAAUGACUAAAUUACAAAAAGUACACAGAAAAAAUAAAAGCUGAAAACCCUGGAAAAAUGGUUUGCUUUUGGUAUCCUGACAGCUUGACAGAAGAUCAAACUCCCAGGUGAUUUUCUUUUUCAUUUUAUAAAUAUAUAUUAUAUAUAUUUUUUAUUUAUUUUUAUUUUCAAAGUGUGGAUAUCUGCCAUGUUUCUUGCUAAGGGUACUGUAUGUCACCUGUUGGAGAUGACCUCUUGUUAUUGGCAAGUCAGACAAUUGGCAGGGACUUUUUGAAGAAAGCCUUACUGCACUCCGAUUGGCUGGAUCUAUUCUCUGACUCUGGAUCCGACAAGGCGAUUGGCUACUGAGAGGAAACAGCUUUUCAUUGAGAUGUGGAACUCAUAGGAAAGACAGAGCCAACAAUCAACACAGUCAUCUUUAUUUAAAAUUGAAUGUAUAUACUGUAAAUUUCUGUCACAAAUAUGUUAACUUAUUUCAUUUCCUAUUUAGAUUAUUUUAGUUUCUUGGUGUGUUGUAAUGGUGAGUGAAUCCUAUAGAUAUUUUGAUAAUCUUUAAUUUGUGUUACWAUUUUCUUCACCUGGUCAGUGUGUUGUUUCUGUUGCUUUUAACGAAUUUAAUCGACUUUAUUUAGAGUCUUAUCAUUUGAUUUGGAUAUUUGAUUACAAUGUGACCUUACGAGUCAGGAUGUUAGGUUGAGACAUGAACAGGAAGUAGACUGUCAGUAGCGUAAUCAUGAUGUGAGCUUAGACAGACUGAGCMGGAUGCAUACAGUUACAGUAUGAAUUUAUGAUGAUCUUACAUAGCGCCCCCACUUCCCCUCAUUCCAGCUCACUGUUGUUCUUUCAGUGUAAUCUAGUCUUAGAUUUGCUCUCAGCCAUACAUUCUGUAUCACCAUGUAUCUCAUGUACAUCUAGCCAGAGCAAAGAGCUAUAGCUAUGAUAUAGCAUUAUAAGCUGUCACUGGCUGUGUUCUGAAAAUUACAUUUAUAUGGCAUUGUAUUAUACUUCAUCUUGUUUUCCAGGUUGUGGAUAAUGUUAUUCUACUGCCUUCAGAUGGUCAUGACCCUGAUGUUUCAAUUUCUGCAGUUUAUACAGGAAAUGUGCUACUAGACACUAUACAUUCAUAUAAUAGUAGUAACUGCCUCUCAUUUUCCAUUCUCUGUACAUGUACAUUCAAGUUAAAGCAUUACUGUAAUGCAGGCUUGAGAAUGUUUUCUUCUCUCAAUGUGCGCAAGAUUUCUGCAAACGAUCCUUUAUCUUUCUCAGCUCUCCCAAUGUUAAACAAUAGCAAACAUGGCAGACCACAGUGACGUGAAUUAUUCAUUACGUAUUAGUGAUGGAGCACUCUGUAGCUAUGGGGGCUGUUUGGAACAUUACGCUGUGAUGACAAACACUGGGGCUUUGGGAGAAAGUGCUCCUCUCUCACGCUCACUCUCUCUAUCGCUCUCUCUCUCUCGCUCUCUCCUUCUCUCGCUCUCCUUCGCUCUCUCUCCUCUUGCUUACGCUGAGUAAUGUAAUCAUUCAAGGUCGUGUUUGGUCUCAAUAACACCCCAAUGAUACAUCCAUAAUUAUUCAAUGCUGAGCCAAACUGGCACCAUGUUUUGCCUAUCUGCAUUUUUUUAACAAGGUGAUAUAUUAUUAUGUGAUCAAUUUCAUAUUAACGUUUAUGUACAGAAUCAUUUGCCUACUUCAACAAAAAUGUAUUUUAAAAGCUUCAAUAUGAAUUAUCUGGUCAAACUUACAAAUACUGUACUUUUCUUUCAAAUUAAAAGUUCCUUCACGUUAGAAUGGCGAGAUACUCAAAGUUUUCUCAUCUUUUUUAGCAAGAAGUUGAAAAGUAGUUUUCCCAUCUUCUACCUAAUCACAACAUCAAAAAAAAUACUCUUCAACUUAAUCUCUGAAUUCACAUCUACAAAGGUUCCUAGGUACAUCUGGCUUGGAAGGGAAAGUGACAGGAACAUUUKUUGAUCUGGUUUCCUAUUUUAUUCCUUGAGAGAUCCAGUCAUUCUCUCUGUUUGAACGAGCAGGGAUGGGGAGGAUUGCAGAAGCUUUCAAAGACCAGUGUGUGACUCUGACAUACUGUAGUUAUGUAUGAUAAGAUGCCUCUUCCUUUAAUAUUCCUGUCGUGUUUGAGGCCUGCUGCUUCCUGCUGCCUGCAUUCAAUGACUUUACAAUUCACCCGGCUUUAUGAGYCCUGAGCUCCCACACAAAGUCAUGGAGAUUUCCCCUGGUAGAAGACCGCAGUACACUCCUCUCCUCCAGCCUGUGAUUGUGGCUCCACUGGUAAACAAUUCUGCCCUCUUCCUCUCCUAACACCUCCUCCAUGGAUGAGUGCACAAAUUACGGACUGGUUAUAAUUGAAAAAAAAAAGCCAUUAGGGCGACUUAGGAGAUUUUACACAUCAUAUGCAGUGCACAGAGACUAUUAGUGCCAGAUUAGGUCCUAAUUGGAAGGAAACAGACAUGUCACUUCUGAGGUUGUUACCCAAGCUAAGCUCCUAUAGGAAACAACAGACUCAGAGCCUCAUUUAUUAACAAUUUCCACACUGGAUUGAGAAUGUAGCUCAGUUGUAGAGCAUGGCUCUUGCAAUGCUAGGGUUGUGGGUUCGAUUCCUACAGGGGAUCAGUAUGAAAAUGUAUGCAGUGGUUCUGGAUAASUGUGUCUGCUAAUGACUAAAAUGUAAAUGUACCAAYGUAAACCUUGAGGGAAGGAACUUAUAGGCAACCACAAUGUAAAGAACWGUGCACAUUGAUAGUCUAUACUAUCAUAUUCAAAUUAGAUAUACCAUAGUUUGAUAACAGUAUUUCAUAAUGAGUUACCGAAAUAAAAUAUAUUUACAUUACCCUC